CGGGGGUCUGCGGUGUGAGCUGGGAGAGGUCUUGCUUGCUGCUUCCCGCUCGGAGGGGCUGGAGCCGGGGUGCGGAUGCUGGAAGUUCACAUCCCGUCGGUGGGACCCGAGGAUCCCAGGCAGAGCCCAGAGAAAGGCCACAUGGUGUUCCGAGUGGAAGUGCUGUGCCGCGGGCGCAGGCACAUCGUGCAGAGGCGCUACAGCGAGUUCCACGCGCUGCACAAGCGGAUCAAGAAACUGUACAAAGUGCCCGACUUCCCCUCAAAACGCCUGCCUAACUGGAGGAGCAGAGGAUUGGAGCAGCGGCGGCAGGGCUUGGAGGCCUAUAUCCAGGGUGUCCUGUACCUGAACCAGGAUGUGCCUAAGGAGUUACUGGAAUUCCUGAAUCUUCGGCAUUCACCGGCAGACUCUAAGGCCAGCAGCUGGGGAGCCCUGGGGGAGUUCCUGCCGAAUGACAGCAGUUCCCAGCUGCACCACCGGCCUGUCAUCAGCUUCUACACGGAUCCCUACAUCUGCAGCCCAUCCUCAGAGCCUCUGCCCAACGUGGUGGUGAAUGGUGUACUCCAGGGCCUCUACGGCUUCAACAGGCCAGCUGAAGCUCAGCCAGAGGCAUCUUGUCAUCCUGCUCCUUUGCCAACGAUGCCCUGACCAGCCCAGAGGCCUAUGGGCCACCUGCCAGGACAGGCACAUGCCUCAGUGUAUGUGCCCCCUUCUCAGAGGAGGCGGGGUCCCCCCUGGCCCAGACCCAGGACUUACCCACCCUAGGUGUCAGGGCAGGGACAACAGGGGAUAAGGAAUAAAGGGAGAAGUCCAUUUAGAGGCAGGCAAUGAAAAAGAAGAGGUGUAUUUCUUCCCCUAUACCAGAAGAGGGCAGGGGACAAAAAGUGGCACCUUAGUGGCAAAGGUUAGAAGCAAGGAGCAAAAAGUUUCUGGUUGCUAUUUGUGAGUAGUUAUCAGGGAAGGAAGGGUCAGAUCAGA